AUGGCUGGAUCCUUUGUUGUUGAGGCGCCGGCGAAAGUGAGGUGCUACAUUAAGCAACCUCGGACGAUUUGCUUGGCCGUCAUUUCCGCAACCAAUGACGCAGCCAAUCAGUCUAUCCUGCACCGGCGAACACUUGGCGUCAUCACCAAACCUGAUCAGCUGCCUGCCGGAUCUGGCACCGAGUCCAAAUUCCUUGAGCUUGCCCAGAACAAGGACGUGUUCUUCAGCUUGGGCUGGCACGUCAUUCGAAACCGUCGUUUUGACGAGAAAAACUUCACUUUCCACGAGCGGAACACUGCGGAAGCUCACUUCUUCCAAGCGUCCAACUUCAGCGUUCUCCCCUCAGAUAUGGUCGGCAUCGCGGCGCUACGAGAGCGGUUGAGUCUGCUUUUGUUCCAGCACGUCAGGGCCGAACUUCCGCAACUCAAUGCGGAACUCGAGAGAGCACUCGCAAAGGAUCUUCGUCAGCUGAAGACGUUAGGAGAUUCGCGACCAACACCUUCGGCAUGCCGCAUCUAUUUGACACAGCUCAGCAUCGAGUGUCAGGAAAUUUGCAAAUCAGCCAUCAACGGCAACUAUGAGCACGACUACUUCAAGACUAGAGACGAUGACAUUGAUGAGGAGUUCUCGCUGGAAGAUGAAACGACAAUCGCCAGACUGCGGGCCGUGGUCCAGCACGUCAAUAGCAAUUUCAGCGAAACACUCCGAAGGAAGGGUCACAAGUACGAUCUCGAAGCACCAGGGGAGGGGCCAAAACAGGUAGACAGCAUGAGCUUUGGGGAGUUCCUCUCCAAGUCGAGCUCGCCAAAGCGGCUUUCCAAGACAGAAUCGGUAGCUUGGGUGAAAAAAUUGCUUCGGCGUUCUAGGGGUCGAGAAUUAAUGGGCAAUUUCAACCCGCAUCUCAUCGGUGAGCUGUUCUGGGACCAGUCCGAACCCUGGGAGCAUUUGGCAGAGGAUCACGUCCACAACGUCAGUCAACUCUGUGAGAAGUUCUGGACAAACCUUUUGAGACAUAGAGCUCCGCAGGAUAUCAGAAGUCGCAUAUGGGAUUUUCCUAUCAAUUAUAACCACUACUACGCUGACGUGAUCGAGCGUCGGCGGCAAGAGAGGCUUGGAACGAAACUGAGAGUCCUCAUGCCAGCCAGGUUUCCGCAUGAAUCCCAUGAAAGAUGCAGCCGUGGCUCCCACUAUGACAACAAAGCUACUACCAUUGACAUGGACACAUUCAGCAUCGAAGACGCACUUGACUGCAUGCGAGCGAUCUACAAGGUGCAGUACAAGACCUUUGUUGCCAAUGUGACAACUCAGGUGAUUGAGAGGCAUCUUGUGAGGGGUCUCGAGAACAUUGUUUCGCCGCUUGUGGUUGUGAAGAUGUCUGAUAGUGAGGUGGAGGCUAUAGCCUCGGAACAGACGACAACCAAGCAGCAGAGGAUCAUGCUGGUGAGCCGGGUCCGAAUAUUGGGAGAAGGCCUUGCUAUCUUCCAGGAAUUGAUUGGGUCUUAG